CAAACUUCAUCUCGUUUUAAAAUCAAUAAACAGUAACAUAAGUAACUCAGUGUAAAUGCAAGUUUGAAGUUGACCUGGAAGCAAGAGGAUAAAUUAGCUUAAGGAUUUAAUUCAUACAGACCUUGAAAGCGAUUAGCAGAUAUUGAGGUAACUUCUAAAACUCGAUAAAUGGCCUAAAGUACUGAGUGUGCUUGAUGCAACAGUCAAAGAUGAGCAUUCCAACUAAUUUUCAAGGGCUGAGAGUCAGUGUCGAAAGAGGAGAAAAGGUUGGAAACAAAACCAAUUUCCACUCGUCCGGAGAUGAUAACGCCAAUCAAAUAACCUCAGUCUCUGACAUAGAAGAAGCGGGUCUGAUUCAGGUCACAAGGUACAACACAGGCUCUAUUCCUCCAUUGGUGUGUCAGAGUGAAUCUCCAGACAAAAUUGUGAUCUGGGGUUCAGAGCAGCAAUGUGUGGUGCCUGAGCUCAGAGAGUUCGAGAUCCACACAUUCUUGGGAAGUCAGGAGGAGAAUAAUGAAGAGGAAGAUGACGGAGAGAGCAUGAGAGAUGGAAAGGAUGAGGGUCCAAUGUCCAUAUCCUCAAGUUCAACAGCCAGUUCAGCUUCCACUGGUGUAAAGAGAAAUGAAGACCAAAGCAGGGAAGAGAGCAGUAAGAGGAAGGAGAAACGCAUUGCCUGUCACAGUGUUGAGGAGCUUGACACAUAUUUGUCAGGUUCAGAAGAGAAAAAUGACACUAGAUCAGGCAGGGCGAGACUGACGGGGUGUCUGAAGGAGUCGAAGUCUGAGACAAAUGUGUUUGUCUCCAGUCUGUCAACUGUUGCUCUUAGUGGAAGUCUGUCAUCUGCUCUGGAUUCCAGUGGUGAAACAUGUCUUAUAUCUCUAUCUAGCCCCACAACCAACCCUUUUCCUAACACCAACAAUCCUACCUCAGCCCAGUCCAGCAAAAGGGAAGCUUCCUUAGACACCAAUCAGAACUCCCCACCACUCCAUCCUCAAGAAUAUGACUGUCCACAAUACUAUGGUCAGGAGCAGAGACAGGAGGAAAGGGGUCAUCAUAGAAAUGGAGUUUCCUAUGAAGGAGGCCUUGGCCAAAGGAGAAGAGCUGGAUUUGAAGAGAGGGUGCUGCCACCUCGACGUCAGCAGCUCGUCAGACCCCUCUGCCAGACAGAGAUGAUCAGAGAAAGAAGCUUGCCAGAACCAAAAACUCAGCAAACUAAAACAGUACUGCCUUCCUCUAUUGAUGCAUCUCCAGAGUCACACAGCAGUAGGUCAAACAAAAAGUUUACAAAAUCUGCUUUAAGGGAACCAUCAGAUCUUUCCCACCUUUACAACUUGAGUAGUGUUUCUCAUCUUAGGCAGCCCAACCAAGCAUUCCAGAGGGAGACACCACCCAUGGAAAAACAGCCAACUACACAACAUUUGUCUGGUCCCUCUAACACACCCAUAAUAGACAAGAAACCCCAGGCUCAGCUCACUUAUAGAAGGAAUAGCUCUAGUCCCAGCAAGACUGGGAUUGAAUCAAGGUCAUCAACCCCUCCUCAAUCCCCCCUCAGGACACCACAGGGCUCACCAUGUCAGCAGCCCUCAAUGUACCUCAUUUCCAGGAAUGUCUUUGGAGCUUCUAGGCACGUCCCAUCAGGAUGCAACCCAGCUGUACCAACCUCAGCUCAGGGCUAUCGCAACAGUUGCUUAAGAGCUCCGGUGAAAACUAAUAUAAGCACAAGUGGAAUCCCAAAAGCGCCUCUUUGCAUCCAACAGAGCUCCACAAACUGUAACCCAAAAGAGAACUCCCCAUCACCUAAACUUAAACCUAAAGGAGUCCGUCCCAAAAUAAUAACUUCUGUUCGAAAGAAUCCUCAAUUGAAGCUCCAGGCUGCUGAUGGACCUUAUCAGGUCUCCUCUCUGCCAUCCAGGCUCUCAACCUACACCCACAGCCAACCAACAGUGGCCUUAAAAGAUCCAUCUAAAGACCCCUCCAAGCCUGAGACAGAAACCCAAGGAGCCAGAGUACUUAGUGCCUCCAAUCCUCUAUAUGAUAAAUACCGCCAAGGGAUGCAGGUGAACAGUUUCCAACCAGGGAUGCAAAACAGGAGCCUCAGGGCUCCUGGGCACACAAACACAGUUCCUCCUGCACAUGCACACAGCCACAAUAUAUCCCCGAAACUGAGUGGCCGGGCAGAAAACUACUAUGGAACAUUAACUGAGGGGGAGCGUUCCCACAGUUUCAAAGGCAUCUCCUCUGAAGAUGCAAUGCAAGGCAGGACAGCUACACAGACCGGGGGAAGUGGCAGUCUCAUUCGUUCAAGCAGAGGACUUCGUUUGGGUCUUGGAGCCGUUACCAGGACAACUGCAGGUUCAAUCAAAGCCCGAGGACCCAGCCCAGGACAGAGGUCGACACCAGGCUUCAGCCAACCGAUCCAAACUGUCAGCCCAGCAAUCAAUCACAAAAACCAAGACAACACAGAUGACCAGGUUAUAAGCCACCAAGCUCCUGCUGUUCCUCCUGCUGCCACAACAACAUCCCAGCCCCCAUCCACAGCCUCCAGAUCUCCGCUUUCCAAAUUCAGUCAGUCAGGGUUGCGGCCUCCAGGUUUCUCCUCCAACCGUCUCCCAGCAGGUCGCCUGGCAGCCUUUGGUUUUGUCAGGAGCUCCAGCGUCUCCUCAGCCUCCUCAGCCCAUUCCGCUGACAGUGCGCAGAGUGAUCCCUGUAGGACAGCUCAUGGUGUGAAUGUGAGUGAGGAGCUUCCGCUUCACAGAGUGACAAAGAGCCCUCCGCUGAUAGAUCAACAUAGAGGGCCGCCAUGUCGCAGCAGCAGCGGCCUCCAACCUCCUUCUACCCCGGUGUUGCCACGGCGUUACCUGCCACCCCCGCCAAAAAGCUCCCCUGGAGUUGGCAGGAAGGAGUUUCAGCGGAGUUUAGAGGUCACACGUUCUCUCCCUUCUUCCCCUAAGAGGCUAGCCGUUGUUCCCCCGAAGCUGCAGUCCCCAGUCCAGCCCGGGCAGCGACCUGCAGCUGCAGUGAGGGGUUCCACUCCUACAGGGUCACCACGCCGUGUGGCCCCCCUGAAACCUCAGCAGGAGAGCCUGCAGAGAGAGAAAGAAGAGGCUCAGAAGAAAGAGCAAGAAAAGCAAGCAGAUGAGAAGAAAAAGAUGGAGCAAAGGGAGGAGGUUCAAAGGCUGCAGAGGCACUGUGAGCUCCAGGAGAGGCAGCUGAAGGCUCUGAGAAAUGAGCUGAGUAGAGCUUCUCUUGGUCUAGAUGCCUUCAUAAUCACUACUCAGCAUUACUGCCUUAAGAAUGAAGCUGCUGAGAAAGGUCAAAGAAAAUUAUCCCUGGAGUUACAGAAGGCUAAAGAGGAGAUGACCUUCCAGUCAGUGCGCUGGGAGAGACUCCAGCAGGACAAAACAGCCCUGGAGGUGGCCUUUGAACGCGAGCUGCAGCAGCUCCAGGUGCAGCAGGAGGCAGAGCUGGCUGCUGUAGAGGAGAGCCUCAGGAAGUGUCACGCUGCUGAGCUGGAGCACCUAAAGGAGGAACACCGGUUGGAGAUGGAGGAGCUGACGACUCAGCAGCAGGAGCAGAUGGAGGAGGUGACAGUUAAUCAUCAAGCAGCCAUGCAGGAGCUCAGAGACAUGCAUAAUAUUACCAUGGCAACACUGCACGAGGAACAUGCCCGUACCAUGAGAGACUUGAGAAAAGCUCAUGAGCAACAGAAGCUCCUUCUAGAGGAGGAUUUUGAAAAACUGAAGCUUUCUUUACAGGAUCAAGUGGAUACUCUCACAUUUCAAAACCAGAGUCUAAAGGAAAAAGCCAAACGCUUCGAGGAGGCUUUGAGGAAGAGUACAGAUGAACAAAUCAUUGAUGCUUUAGCUCCAUACCAGCACAUUGAGAAAGAUCUGAAGAGCCUGAAAGAGGUUGUUGAAAUGAAAAACCAACAAAUUCACCAGCAGGAAAGGAAGAUCUCUGACCUGGAGAAAGUGCAGGCUCAAAAGAACGUGUUCCUGGAAGAGAAGAUCCAAGUUCUGCAGCAGCAGAAUGAAGAUAUGAAGGCUCGUAUAGAGAUGAACGUCGCUAUGUCUAGGCAACUGUCAGAGAAGAACGCCAACCUGCAGGAGUCGGUGGAAAAGGAGAGCACAGAGAAGAAGCGCCUGAGCCGCAACAAUGAAGAGCUGCUGUGGCUUCUCCAGACCAGCCCCCUCAUGUCCCCGGCUUCAUCCCCACUCCACCGCUCCUCCUUCUCCACCUCCCCCGUUCCCUCCUCCCCACUAUUCUCCUCAUCGCCCUUGGCAGGAUGCGACUCGCCCACCCACUGUCACGGCUGUCCCAGACAGGCGCAGCACUGCUCACCGUCCCACAGAAGUGUCAUCAAUCAGAACCUCUCUCCCGGACCAGCCACCCCCACUCAUAGGGCCGCUGUCAAUUACAACUACUCCUCUGGGCCGAACACACCCACUCACAGGGCGCUGUCAGGUCGCUGUAAUUCAAACACCUCUUUGCAAAACUAAAAUCAGCUUUCAAAACACACAUUCCUUCCUCAGUACUCCAAUUCUUUACUUUCUGACAGGAAUGGUAUGUAAAAGUAACUUAAACCGGUUACCAGAAUACUGUACACACACUGUGAACCACCAGUCUUGUGGUGCUCAUUAUACAGAGAUUCUAUAAGAUGGACAUACACACAACACAAAAAUGGCUGGCUGCAGCUACACCUUUCUGUCAGAGAUCCAUGUUUGUCUUCAUGUAUUUUCAAAUACACUGUAAGUACUAUUAAAUAUUAGAGUAGUUGUUGUUGAUAGUUAAAGCUCUCUUGCAUGUGUUCUGUGCAGCGUGAGAUAGAAAUAGCACAUUCUGAUCACCGGAAAAUGAUGCUCUGGUGUAGUAAAAAGAUGCACAUAGUCACACACACACAUAUCCCCAGUUAAAUAAGCUGUUCUCCGUCAGAAUAAUCUGUCAAUCAAAUUUCUGUUCUCAGUUCUCUCUUUGCAUCUGGACAAAAACAAAGCGCCUUAAACUUGGUCCUUCCUCCUCACCAGCAGACAGCGACCAACGUUUUAUUUAUAAGGGACUUUUGAUCAAAAAUUGGUUUGUAAAUUGAAGCAAUUUGCCUCCUCGACUUAUAUUUGAGAGUUUCUAAUUAGCUCAAUGCUGAUAGUGUAACCUCCUGG